AACGGUAAUCUCUAGCUUCUGCUAAAUGCUGUACACACAAUAGAAUUCCAUCGGAUGACGUAGGAAGUAGUAUAAGAUCCUGUGAGAAUAUGCUAGUCUCAGAAAGCGACUAGCUCUGGAUGUCAGUUGUGCUUUAUAUGUAGUACCUGUCCCAUAUUUUAGAUGCAUUGACAUGCCAAAGAGAGAGAAGAGGAGUGCACUGCCUCUAAAAUGAGCAGCUGUGAGGAGAGAGAGGAGGAGGAUGCUGUUCAGACCCAGACAGUACCAUCUCCAGACUCUAGCUGUGUGUCUAUGAAGAGUGACGCCUCCAUGGCCAAACCUCCUGGCUUUAGUGAUGGAGGGGGAGUCUCUAAUUCUAGCUCCACUGAGAGGAAUCUCAGAGCUGUGAAGUCCUGUCUGACUUGCGCUGCGUUCUACUCCGAGAACCACAUCAGACAGCACUAUGCAGAACCAGCCCUGUACACACAGGUGGAGGAGACUGGAGACCUGGAGCAGGAUUCACACCAACUAGUGGAUGAUGUCUUGCAGAGAGUCAAAGAGAAACACAAAACCAUCAUGAAAGGGAAGUAUGAGAGCUUAUUUGAAGGAAUCAAGCUACAAGAGAAUGAAACCCUCCUGAACAGCAUCUACACACAGCUCUACAUCAUAGAGGGAGAGAGAGAAGGAGUGAAUGAAGAGCAUGAAGUUUUACAGAUGGAGAAAACGCCCAGAAUACAACAAUUACAAGACACUCCGAUCAACUGUAAUGACAUUUUUGACCCCUUACCUGAACCAGGCUAUAAGAAUAAUAAAAUAAUGAGGAAAGACCAAAUCAAGACUGUUCUUACUAAAGGCAUCGCUGGAAUCGGAAAAACCGUCUCUGUGCAGAAGUUUAUUCUGGACUGGGCUGAGGGAAAAGCCAAUCAGGAUGUAGAUUUCAUGUUUGUGCUUCCAUUUCGAGAGCUGAACUUGUUUAAAGAUAAUCAGUACAGUCUUCACAGACUUCUGCUGGACUUUCAUCCUGGACUUCAAGAUCUGGUCCCAAAUGUAUAUGAUUUAUGUAAAGUUGUGUUAGUUUUUGAUGGUCUGGAUGAAAGCAAAAUUAAACUUGAGUGGUCAGACAGUGAGAAAGUUUGUGAUGUGACUGAGACUUCACCAUUGGGUGUGUUGAUGUCAAACCUCAUUAAAGGGGAUUUGCUUCCAUCUGCACUCAUCUGGAUCACCUCCAGACCAGCAGCAGCCAAUCAGAUCCCCUCCAAAUACAUCAACCGGCUGACAGAAAUUCAGGGAUUCAAUGACCCUCAGAAGGAGGAGUAUUUCAGGAAGAGAAUCAGUGACCAGCAUCAAGCCAGCAGAAUCAUCUCACACAUUAAAGCAGCAAGAAGCCUCCACAUCAUGUGUUACAUACCAGUCUUCUGUUGGAUCUCAGCCACUGUGCUCCAAAACAUCAUGAAACGAGAUAACUGUGCAGAAGUCCCCAAAACUCUGACUGAAAUGUACAUACACUUCUUGAUUAUUCAGACAAAUAUAAGAAAUCAGAAAUAUGAUGAGAGAGAUGAGAGAGAUCCACAGAAACUCCUGCAGUCAAACAGGGGAGUGAUUGUGAAACUUGCUGAACUGGCUUUCAAACAGCUGAUGCGUGGAAAUAUCAUGUUCUAUGAGGAGGACCUUAGAGAGUGUGGCAUAGAGGUCACUGAGGCCUCUGUUUAUUCUGGGAUUUGCACUGAGAUCUUUAAAGAAGAAUAUGUGAUUAAUCAGAGGAAAGUCUACUGCUUCAUACACCUGAGUUUUCAGGAGUUUCUUGCAGCAUUUUAUGUCUUUUACUCCUAUGUAAAUACCACUUCUGAUGCCUUGAAAGUUUUUGAUUUACUUCAUAAUUUGCAUAAAGGAGUACUGGAUAAAGCUCUUAAGAAUGAGAAUGGACGCAUGGAUCUUUUCCUCCGGUUCCUGCUGGGCAUCUCACUUGAGUCCAAUCAGAGACUGUUACAUGGGCUACUGACACACACAGAAAACAGUUCAGAGAGCAUCAAUCAAACCAUAAAGUACGUCAAGGACAAAAUCAAAGAAUGGAAAAAUACUCUUUCUGCUGAAAGAUCAAUCAAUCUGUUCCUCUGUCUGCUUGAAAUGAACGACCAGACUCUGCAAAGAGAAAUCCUGGAGUUUCUGAAAUCAGACAAACACUCAGAAAAAGAACUGUCUGCUGCGCACUGCUCAGCCAUAGCCUACAUACUUCAGAUAUCAGAGGAGGCACUGGAUGAGCUGGACCUUAAAAAAUACAACACAUCAGAGGAAGGUAGAAGGAGACUGAUACCAGCUGUGAGAAACUGCAGAAAAGCUGUUCUUGCAGACUGCAAUAUCACUGAUCAGUCCUGUGAAACUGUGGCCUCGGCUCUACAAUUAUCAGACUCUCCCCUGAGAGAGCUGGACCUGAGUAACAAUGACCUGCAGGAUUCAGGAGUGAAGCUGCUCUCUACUGGACUAAAGAGUCCAAACUGUCGACUGCAGAUACUGAGAUUGUCUGGCUGUAUGGUGACACAGGAAGGCUGUUCAUAUCUGGCUACGGCUCUGAGUUCUAACCCCUCACACCUGAGAGAGCUGGAUUUGAGCUACAAUUACCCAGGAGAUUCUGGAGUGAAGGUGCUCUCUGAGAGCCUGAGCCAUUCAAACUGCAAACUCAAUUUGGACCAUGGAGGACAUUUCAGAAUCACACCAGGACUACACAAAUAUACCUGUAAUCUCACACUUGACAUAAACACUGCAAACAACCAUCUCUCUCUGUCUGCGGGGAACAGAAAGGUGACACGAGUGGAAGAGGAGCUGCCUUAUCCAGAUCAUCCAGAGAGAUUUGACUGCUUUGAACAAGUUUUGUGCAGGGAGAGUCUGUCUAAACGCCAUUACUGGGAGGCUGAAUGGAGUGUGAGGGGAGCUGGAUUGUCAGUGACCUAUAAGGGAAUCCAAAGAACAGGAAGUGACUGUAGGUUUGGGCUCAAUGAAAUGUCCUGGAGUCUCAUCUGCUUUGAUAACAAAUACUCUGCCUGGCACAGCAAUAAUAGAACCAACUUACCUGCCCCUUCUCCCCCCUCUAAUAGAGUAGGAGUUUAUCUGGACUGGCCAGCCGGCAAGCUGUCCUUCUACAGUGUGUCUGACACACACACACUUAUUCACUUACACACAUACCACAGCACAUUUAUCGAGCCCCUCUAUGCUGGAUUUAGGCUUUAUCCAGAUUCUUCAGUUUCACUGUAUAAAAAUGAAGAGCUUCGUAAUAUAACCUAAAGUCUAUAUAGUACAUGCUCCCCUACUAACCAAAAACAAAAAUAGAAUGAAUUGGAAAUGUAUGGAUACAAACAGUGUUGUUAGUCUCCCUGCUUGCUGAAAAUACCAACUUCAAACCUCAAAACUAGUCCAACUGAAGAAAUCUCACAAUAAUGAUUCUGAUGGUAUUAUUGAUUGUUACAAAUUGUGUUGAUUUGAUUGCUUCUUUUGUUCUCAUUUGUAAGUUGCUUUGCAUAAAAAUGUACUAAAUGUGAAUCUAAAUGAAAAGUCAAGAAAAGAUGCUCAGAAAAGUCAAGAUAAAUGAUAAAAGCAUAGUCAAUCAAUACAUGUUAUUAAGUCUUGAUAUGAUAAUUUGUUGCCUUGGAGCCCUCAGUCUUUUA